GUAGUCAAAUAUGCAUGCCGACCAUUACAGUAGCCUGCAGUCAGAUACACACCAUUUAUAAAAUAUGCUACAGUAUACAUGUCUUGGUCAUCACCCUUUCCGCAAACUGGUUAAAGAAGAGGAUCAUUGCGCAGAUCAGAGCCCAAAUGGACUGUCCAAUGAAAAAGUAACUGGCUAAAAAAAAGCUGAAGCAAGAAGGAAGAACAUCUUGGCAUUACAACUUCCUUAAUCGGCUGAUAUCAGGAUUUGACUUUUCAUACUUAGCGGACCAUCUUUGUCUUCCGCUCACUCUUCUCCCUUCUCAUCGUCUGUCUGGUCGCAGUGAGAGCUGGGGGGGGGGUUCCAUGGAGAGAGCUGUAAAUGGCUGAGGAACUGUGCACCGGCUGGUUUCGCAUCAUUGCAGGUACAGUAGGCUCCUUGGAGAUAGAGGAAUGCAAAUCUGCAACCAUGAUGGAAGGAUUGAAAAAACGUACCAGGAAGGCAUUUGGGAUACGGAAGAAAGAGAAGGACAAUGACUCUACGGGGUCCCCAGACAGGGACGGGGGUGAACCACAAGAGGUUGAAUCGUCUCAGAAGAAGACCAACGGGGCCCCGAAUGGCUUCUACGGAGAUAUCGACUGGGACAGAUAUAACUCUCCUGAGGUGGAUGAUGAGGGCUACAGCAUCAGACCUGAUGAGGAGUCAGAAGAGGGAGUACCUACCACCAAAAAGCCCCACUUCUUCUCCUCUGAUGAGUCGGAAGAAGAGGAGGACCACAGGAAAAAAUUCAAAAUCAAGAUCAAGCCGCUGCCGGCCGAUCAGGUCACGUCUGUUCCCUCGGUCGACGAGCUCAAAGCUUCCAUAGGCAACAUAGCUCUGUCCCCGUCUCCUCUGACUUUGCACAAUUUGAAGAAAUCACCCGGACUCAGGAAAAUGGAGAGACGUAGCCCGGGUUUGAAGAGGAAUACAUCCAGUGAGGAGAUUGCCAGACCGAGACGCGUCGUCCCUACUGGUCCCACUGUGGCCCCCACACCAGCUCCAGCACCACAACCCCCCAGUCAACAAACACCAGUCCCUGAAGACACCACAGCCUUAUUUGGGCCUCCUUUGGAAACAGCCUUUGGAGAACAGAAAGCUGAAGUGGUUCUGUCUGAGUCGGAUGCGUGGGGUACUCCUCUGUCAGAGCCAGAAUCCUCUUUGACGAGGUCCUUCCCAACAGGAACUCCACCUCCACUUCCACCCAAGAAUGUCCCAACCUCUCCCCCGACGAGUGGCCCUCCCUCUCCAGAUGACGCCGAUGCGUCAACAGAAGCAGAUGGCAGGAAGCCCUCGAUAGCAGACUUGGACAACAUUUUUGGACCGGAGCAGUCUCCCCCUCCUGGCGAGGAUACAGCCGACACGUGGGUCUGCUUCAGUGAAGAAUCUUCUAAUCGGCCACCUCUACCAAAGGACCCUGCACCUCCACUUCCCUCCUCACCGCCUCCUCCAGAGGAACCAGCACCUCCAUUACCAGCCUCCCCACCUCCUCCUGAAUCUCCUGCCCCUCCCUUACCCACAUCACCACUUCCUCCAGAGGACCCUGCACCACCUCUCCCUGCCUCCACUCCCCCAAAACACGACCCUGUUCCCCCUCUACCAACCUCCCCGCCUCCCUCAGAGGAACCUGCUGUACCUGCUGCUGUCCCUUCAGGUCCUCCAACGCCUGAGGACCGGAAUCCUCCCAUGCUCGCCACCUCUCCACCCUCUGCACCACCAAAGGAGCUUGCAUCUCCCCCCGCUUCCUCUCCUCCUCCUGUCGACCCACCUGCCAGCGUCCCACCGGCCUCUGUUCCUAAAGCUAGCACCCCUCCAGCAGUGACUCCCCCUUCUGAGGAGUCUGCAACACGCUCCGUCCCACCACCCCUUGUCCUGUCUCAAGAGGAGCAGCCCAAGAACACAGACGCCACCCAACCCAAAGAGGACAUAGGUGAAACUGUCAGCUCGCCCAAAGAUGCCAGCCAGGGGAGCCGGACUACACCUCCCCCACCUCCUCCCCCCACAUACCGGGCAGUGGUGUCGUCACCAGGUCCCACAUCUGGAGCUGGUGGCACGAAUAGCGGUUCCUCCUCUCCGGUGCGACCUGCCACUCCUUCAUCAGUCAACCCCACCCCACCACCACCCCCACCUCGUCCCCCUUCACGGCCCAAACUUCCUCCUGGGAAACCCACUGUAGGAGAUGUUAAUCGCCCGUUCAGCCCGCCGGUCCACUCUGCCAGCCCCCCUCCCAUCGCCCCUUUGGCGCGGGCCGAGAGCACCUCCUCCAUCUCCUCCACCAACUCGCUGAGUGCCGCCACCACUCCCACCGUCGGCAAAGAGCUCUCCGUGUCUGUGUCAGAGAAUGACCAGCCAUCCCUUGUAUGGUUUGACAGAGGGAAGUUUUAUUUAACCUUUGAAGGUUGCUCCAGAGGGCCCAGUCCUCUCACCAUGGGGGCUCAGGACACUCUUCCAGUGGCCGCUGCGUUCACAGAGACAGUCAACGCCUUCUUUAAAGGAGCCGACCCCAGCAAGUGUGUUGUGAAGAUCAUAGGUGAGAUGGUUUUGUCGUUUCCGGCGGGAAUCACGCGGCACUUUGCCAAUAACCCGUCCCCCGCCGUGCUAACCUUCAGCAUAACCAACUACAGCCGACUGGAGCAUGUGCUGCCUAACCCCCAGCUCCUCUGCUGUGACACCACCACACAAGCCAAGGCUGAUGCCAAGGACUUCUGGGUGAACAUGCCAAACCUGAUAUCCCACUUAAAGAAGGUGGCAGAGCAGAAGCCACAGGCAACAUACUACAACGUGGACAUGCUCAAGUAUCAGGUAUCGGUGCAGGGCCUCCAGUCCACUCCACUGAACCUGGCAGUGAGCUGGAGGUGUGAGCCCACCAGCACUGACCUGAGGAUAGACUACAAAUACAACGGGGAGGCCAUGUCAACGGCGAUGGCCCUUAACAACGUCCAGUUCCUCGUCCCCGUCGACGGAGGGGUUUCGAAACUACAGGCUGUCUUACCUCCAGCUGCAUGGAAUGCAGAGCAGCAAAGAAUCCUUUGGAAGAUUCCUGAUAUCUCACAGAAAUCUGAAAACGGAGGCGUGGGGUCGUUGUUAGCACGCUUCCAGCUAACAGAGGGUCCCAGUAAACCAGCUCCACUGGCGGUGCAGUUCACCAGUGAGGGCAGCACCCUGUCGGGCUGUGACAUUGAACUAGCUGGGCCAGGAUACCGCUUCUCUCUCAUCAAGAAGAGGUUUGCCGCAGGAAAAUACCUGGCCGACAACUAACCCAUGCUACUGAGCACUGUUGAACAAAACAAUAGCAGAGGACUGAGGUUGACACCGAGGACAGAGGACAGACCGACACCAGACAGACUCUCCAUGGACCUUUUCCGAACCCACACAACAGGUCCGCAGCCUACCCAGCAGUAUUGUAUAACUUGCAUAUAGCAUCGUGGAACUGUUUUAGGUCAUGUAAUUAUUGUAUUUGUAUUCAUUUCAUAACAUCUGUAUUGCUGCAGUUAGACACCUGGGUUCUCCCCUCCUCUAAAGUCUGUGCCUCUGUCUUCAUCCUCCUCUGGUCAAUGUUUGGUGGUGUUUUUAAAAGUUUCACUGCAGCUGCCUGACCGAAGACAUGGACAGAAAGAUGAGGGAUGAGGUUUGCUGUUCCCGGUCCAGAAUAUUCCGGCAGUAAAAAUACCCUUAAGUAAGAUCUUUGUGGUCAGACAUACACCUCUAGCUCUGACACAUCCAAAGUUAGAGUAAGUAGAACUGAAGCAGGGCCCAGGAAAAUACAUUGCAAGUUAUACACCUUCAUUAGCACAUAAGAAAAUCGCAGCUUCAUAAAUAAUCCUUCUGUUAGGAUCUGGGCUCAAAGCCAGAGACAGCUGUUCUCACUGACUUGCACUGACAGCGGCCAUUUGUGUGGCUUUGGCCAGCAAUCGAAUGCAUUUACUGAUGCAGUUUGACACAUGUUGUCACAAGCAAUUCGACGAAAGAUGGUGUUUCUUGCCGGUGCUUAUGAGCAAUCGAAACACAAGAGCAAGAAACAAAAAAAAAAAAAAAAAAAAAAGUUUUUCACGCAUCGCCUACUGGUACUACAGGGUCACAUGACUUUGGAUCACAUCCUUUUUAAUAUAAAUGCACUGAUCAGUCAAUCAAACUGUUAUUUUAUUUCUCUGGAAUAUACACACAUGGAGAGGUUUUCAGCAAGUUAGGCAGCUGCAAUGAUAAAUCAAUGUACUGGUUGCAAAAUAAGAAAAAUAUGUUUUUUCCCGUCAGAACAAAAGAAGUGUACAAAGUGUCAUUUUAAAUUAAUAAUAUAUAUCUUAAAGGGCGUUUGGUGUUUUCCUUGUAUUGUCAGAUAGCCUUUCUGUUGUUCCCAGGACAGCAGUGUUAGACUCCAGAGUACAUGACAGCAUUCUAUUUUUAUUUAUUGAUGACGAUGAUUUGUUGUAUAAAACAUGUGAGUCUGUAUAUGAAUAGAAUUUGAAUGGUAUCACACAACUCAGAACCCUUAAAGGUAUAAAUAUUUGAAUUCUCUCUCUUCUUUUUUGUUAUCUGUGUAGUUGGGUAACCUGUGUACAGUAUAAGGUAUAAUUUUUGAAUUUAUUUCAGAUAUAAUUUUUUAACUCAAGUGCAACAGAAGAUUUGAGCUAUAUAUGGGUGUGGGGGUAAUUUAAAGAAAAAGAUAAAUAUCUUCCUGGAUGCUGUGUAAUGCUUUGUGAAAGCAGUGUUAAUGUAGAGGUAGCUAUACCAUGGGCAAGGUCCACGCUGUAAAGAAUCAAUUUAAUAUUUUGGGAAAUAUGCUUAUUAACAUUUUUGCUGAGAGCUGGAUAAGAAGAUCAAUACCGCUCUCAUGCCUUUGUUAAAUAGGAAGCUGGAGCCUAGCGAUGGUUAGCUUAGCUUAGCAUAAAGACUGGAAACGGGGAGGGAACAGUUAACUCUGUCCAUACGUUCCACCCACCGGCACCUUUAACACUCACUUAGUAACACAGUAUGUUUUCAUUGUUUAAAAUGUACAAAGAACCAAGUUUAUAAACAAGUGGCAAUGUAACGUAGCUUUUUAACCUUGAUAGUAAUGGUGGUCAGUUCAUCCACUAUCUUGGUCCAGACUGAAAUAACAACAAUUAUUGGAUGGAUUGAUGAAUUGAAAUAAGUUUGGUGCUCCCUUAACUUCUCCUGUAGCGCUAGCACGUCAACAUUUCAACUACUCCAAAACUAAUGACUGUACCUUACUUAGACCUGAUUAACAAAAAUUAACAUGUUAACACACCAAAUGAAUAUUUUUAACAUUAGGCAAUACCUGCUACAUAUCAGCUUGUUGGCUUUGUCAUUGCGAGCAUGUUAGCAUGCUGACGUUAGCAUACCAAGACCAAGUACAGACUCGCAGAGGUGUUAGCUGAGUCUUAAGUCUUGCUAACUGUUGGACAGAGUCAAACUGUUUCCCCCUGCUUUCGGUCUUUAUGCUAAGCUAAGCAUAGCUUAAUAUUUAACAGUCAGACAUAAGAUUGAUGUCCAUCUUCUCGUCUAAUUCUUGACAAGAAAGAAAACACUUAUUUCCCAAAAUGCUGAACUGUUCCCUUAAAUAACAACAAGACAAUAAUGACAAAAACAAAUCAGUUUUCCUGAGCAGCAGUAACGAAGUUUGGUGACUAUGGUGCCACUACUGGAACAGGAUUUGUUUACUGGGACCAGCUUGUCUUUUUUUUUUUUUUUUUUUUUUAAAUCAAACCUCAUGGUGAUAAAUCAAAUCUUCUCAGUUCCCACAUCUACCUACGCAGUUAUCACCUCAGCUUUGACCAUGUGUCAUCAGUGAAGCUUCUCACCUGCCUCGUACCUGUUUCCAUUCACCUCAGUGAUACCUAAACUCCCCUAUUAUAUCAUGAGCACAUCCCCGAUCAUCCAGCCCACUCGAAUCCAUGGCUUUAUUUUGCAUAAUCGUAAUGGUCUCUGUGAGAUGACAAGAGUUGAAUGAGGUUGUGGAGCGAGGUUAAGUCGACCAAAAUGCUUCUUUCUGUUUCGUUUUGUUUUGUAUUUUAUGUCAGUCAGUCCUCUGUUAAGGAGAAUAAGCUGAAUAUUUUUAAAACGGAUAAAAAUGAAAAAAUAUUAUAUUGUUUAAUGUGAAAAAAAAAACACUGUGCUGAUGAUGUUGAACUUCCUGAAUGCUCUGACACUCAACAUGAAGAACAAAAAGUGUGUGUGAAGUGUAGCUGAAGAUCUCUGUACUGUACUGUAUGUCGGCAUUCUGCUAAAUGCAACCAAUCGUAGUCCUUUCAGAGCUGUCGUAGAAGCAUCGUAGUCUGGAUUUAGGACAAGAGACCUGUUUAUCUCAUAUCAAUAGUCCUAUUCAAUGAUGUAGUACUUUUGAUUGGACAGUUUUUAAAUAUAUGUGGUUAUUUGGCCACUGAUAAAAAUCAGAUCUGGAUCAUGCAGUUAAAAUAAAAAUCUUAUUCUUGACCAGAUUUUCAGAUUUUUUUGUGUGCAGACCCAGUACAAGAGAACACUGAGGUUGCAUUUUGUUAAAGUGAGGUGAUGAUGAUUGGUGCCAUUUAGCUCCUGGUAAUACAUUAGUGAGGUAACAUUUUCUUUCAGUCAUGUCAGUCUUUCAUCUAUUUGACUGGCGGAAUCAACGUGCCUGAGAGAAAGUUGUUACCUUUUGGGUGAAUCUUGAGGCUAUCAGUGCAACAGUCACUACAGCAUUAUCUACAGACGCCCACCAUACACAUCCCCCACCAUGCAUCUGUUUUAAAUUACCACUACACUACAGCUUACAGGUCUUUCUGCUUGAAAGGCAAAACAAAACUCAGUCUGCUGGUUGCUUGAUUAUUCUUUGUAUCUCCUGAUAAAAAAAACAAUGGAUCAAAACUCAUAUUUUCCAGAUCUUCAUCUCCGUGGUGAAUUUGUCCUGCAGUAAUUCAUUAUUGCAUGCAGAGCAUGCAGUAAAAGGUGGGGCAUCUAUGAUGAUAGAUAGUACUGAAAUGACGUGUUGUGCUGAGUGUCAGUUACCUGUAUUAAUGUUGAGAGGAGAGCAGGGAGUGUGUUUAUGUGUGCUAUAAGCCAGAAUGCUUUUUGGUUCUGUACCGUUAACCUCAAACACAUGUGCAAGCUGUUUGUACAGUACAUAACAAUGCUAAGAUGAACUGAGAAACUUAGUUUGCUUCUUUCCAAAACCAAUAAAAGUUCUAAAUGGA